AUGUCCAUUGCCACGCCUCAGAAAACUGAGGAAAUCAAGGACUUUCUGCUCAAAGCCCAGCAGAAGGAUGCCAAAUCUGUCAAGAUCAAGGACAAGGAUAAUGUGAAGCUCAAGGUUCGCUGCAGCAGGUACCUUUACACCCUGGUCAUCACAGACAAGGAUAAGGCUGAGAAGCUAAAACAGUCCCUGCCUCCUGGUUUGGCUGUGAAGGAGCUCAAAUGA